GUGGUGGGGCGGGCGAGGAGUGAGCGUGGGGGUCCUCGGCGGAGCCCCAGCAUCCUCCCUGGUCUCGGCCUUUGGCCGCCGAUCUCCAUUUGAACUGGCUGAGCGGGCGAGGGCUUGGAGUCCUAGCAAGACUCGAGUUCGAAUUCUGCCUGGGACCCUCAGGUUAGCAGCUGUGUCUGGUAUGCUGCGAGUGCUAGUAAAUUAGCCUAAAGUACCUUUUUCCCUACAACUUUGUGCAUAGCAAAAUGGCAAGUGUUGAGAAGUUUUCUUUCCAUGUGCCAAGUUUAGAAGAGCUUGUUGGGGUUCUACAGAAUGGACUUAAAAAUAACUUUGCUGAUGUCCAGGUCUCUGUAGUUGAUUGCCCUGAUCUGACUAAGGAACCAUUUACAUAUCCUGUUAAAGGAAUCUGUGGGAAACCUAGAAUUGCAGAAGUAGGUGGGGUACCUUACCUCAUGCCUCUUGUGAACAAAAAAAAGGUUUAUGAUAUGAAUGUUGUUGCAAAGGAAAUUGAGCUCCCUGGAGCUUUCAUUCUUGGAGCAGGAGCAGCCCCAUUUCAGACUCUUGGGAUCAAUGCCGAGUUUAUGCCAAUUGUCCAGACUAAAAGUGAUCACAAGCCUGCUGUGAAUGGAAGCUAUUUUGCCCAGAUUAACCCUGUAGAUGGAGGGUGCCUGCUAGAGAAAUAUAGUGAUAAGUACAGUGACUUUGGAUUCGCAUUACUGGCUAACCUCUUUGCCAGUGAAGGCCAGCCUGGCAAGGUCAUUGAAGUAAAAGCCAAAGGAAGGACUGGAAAGCAUAAUUUUGUGACUUGUAUGAGAGAAACGCUUAAAAAACAUUAUGGAGAUAAACCCAUAGGGAUGGGAGGAACAUUUAUUGUUCAGAAAGGAAAAAUAAAGGUUCAUAUCAUGCCCCCAGAAUUUUCGUCUAGCCCACUGACCUCUGAUGAGGAUGUGAAUAAUUGGUUGCAUUUUUUUGAAAUCGAGGCACCUUUGGUUUGUCAGCCAGUUUUCGUUUCUCGAGAUCCAGGGUUUGAUUUGCGAUUAGAGCAUACUCAUUGUUUUAGUCAUCAUGGAGAAGGAGGACACUAUCACUAUGACACCACUCCAGAUACAGUAGAGUAUCUUGGGUAUUUCCUACCUGCAGAGGUUCUCUAUCGGAUUGAUAAACCAAGGGAAACUCACACACUUGGGCGAGAUUAAUUAAAUCAGGAAAUAUUUUGCCGGGAAGGAGAGUAAAUUAUGUUUUAAAAUUUACAAAUCUUUUAUCAAGUCUAUAAAUAAGUGUUGCUCUGCAAUGCAAUCCAAGAAAAAUUGAUCCGUGAGCACCUCAUUUUCCUAUGCAAUGAAAGGAUAUGUUAAUCUCUUUUACUUUACUGUUUAACUUCCAUUAAGAACUCUUCUAAGUAAAAUUAAAGGGAGUAAAGAUUUGUUGUUGGGAAAUUCAGUUAAUUUUUGUUGAUGGUACUGUAAUUAAUACGGUCAUAACCAUAUGCUUAGAAUUUAUCUACAUCAAGAAUCUUGUGGAUUUCUGUUGGCUAAAAAUGAUUUGGAAUAUUGUGUAUCUCAAAAAUGCUUUUACAUCUCUUCCCUCAUUUAAUUGUUUAUUAAAUUAAAUGUCUGCAGGUAUUAGAAAUCAAGUCCCUCCAGCACCUGGUAUAGUGCCUUGAAUAGAGCAGGUACAUAGUAAAUGUUCGUUGAAUUAAAUUGAGGAUUCAAUUCUUUUAAAGAAAUAGAAUAUGAAAGCACACUAUACAUAUAUACAUAUAAAUAUACACACACAUAUAUGAAUACAUACAUAUACAUAUGUGUGUAUAUAUGUGUCUAUGUGUGUAUACAUACAUAUAUAUGCAUAUAUAUUUACUUGCAGGAGAGACUCAAGCAGUCUCUCAAACUAUUUUCUAUUCAAAGUUCAUAACCAGCAGUUUCUAUGUUUACUGUGAAUCUAGUUGUGUUUGUUUUCAUUUAGAAAGCAAUUUGCACCCUGUGAGCAUAUUUGCUCCCCUACCCAAAAGGAAGAAAAGAUAAACAGAACACUGAAAUGUUAACAACUUAUAUUGUAGAUGUAAAUGUUGCCAAACUAAAUUGAUGAGCCUCACAAAUAAAUUUAAUUUAAUUCAACAGGCAUUUCUUAAGCAUUCUCCUUUGUGUCACGUUCUGAGCCAGGCACUGAGAAUACAAAGACACAAAGCAAUCCCUACCUUCUAAAAAUGUGUUAUUCUAUCCAGUAAGAUAAAAUACAAUUAUUGGUUUUUAAUGGCUGCAGUUGUAAUCUGCUGCAUUUCUUCCAAAAUCCAAGAUUAACCAGGAAUUACUUUGUCUGGAUUUAACAAAUUAUUCAGCAAUAUCCAGCUACAACCUCUAACAUGAUAAUUGGUACAUAGUACUUUGUAAUUGGUUUGUCCAUUUUUAUAAUCUUUAAGAUAUCUAAUGAUUAUAAAUUUUUGAAUAGGAUUAUUAAUCAUCUAUAUUUGAAACAAAAUGAAUAAAGUAUUUUAAAUCAGUAA